CGGCCUGUGGUAGGCAGGCACGUGGCCUCGCGCUGCAACCGCCGCCCCCUCCGCGCGAGCCUCUCUAACGGCUCUCCUCGGCCGCCGCCAUGGAGACCGAGACCGCGGCGGCGGCGGCAGCAGCGGGGGGCGAUGGCGGCGGCUUCACCAGCGUCUUGUCCAAGCGGAACCGGCGGAAACGUCGGGCGGCCGCGGGCGGGGAGGAGCCGGCGGCGGAGACCGCCAUGGACACGGCGGGACCGCGGCCUAGCAAAAGGCCGGUCUUCCCGCCCGUGUCUGCCGAGGCGCUGGGGGUCGGAAAAGGCGAGAUGCGGAAGAUUCCCGUGCCGGCCAACAGGUACACCCCGUUAAAGGAGAACUGGAUGAAGAUAUACACGCCGAUCGUGGAGCACCUGCAGCUUCAAAUCAGGUUUAAUCUGAAAACAAGAAACGUUGAAAUCAAGACUUGUCAAGAGACAAAGGAUCUUGGUGCUCUGACAAAAGCAGCUGAUUUUGUGAAAGCAUUUAUACUUGGGUUUCAAGUAGAGGAUGCUCUUGCUCUCAUCAGGUUAGAUGAUCUUUUCCUAGAGUCAUUUGAGGUUACAGAUGUCAAACCUCUGAAAGGAGAUCAUCUGUCAAGAGCAAUAGGCAGAAUAGCAGGCAAAGGUGGAAAAACAAAAUUCACUAUAGAAAAUGUAACCAGGACGCGAAUUGUUCUUGCUGAUGCGAAAAUUCAUAUUUUGGGAUCUUUUCAGAACAUUAAAAUGGCACGAACUGCAAUCUGCAAUCUAAUUUUAGGAAGUCCUCCAUCAAAAGUUUAUGGGAAUAUUCGAGCAGUGGCCAGCAGAGCAGCUGAAAGAUUCUGAGCUGCAGCAAGACUGCACCACCAUGGGCUACAGCUUGGAGUCAUGAUUUCUGUAUGAACAAGAGACCUGGAGCUAGACACCCACUCAGUCUUUGGCUUGAUUUAGAAGUCCAGAAGAAACCUGGGACUGUGCAGUGUAAUUUCAGACAGCAUGUCUGUUUUGAACAAUAUUUGUAUAGUCAUUAAACGUUAUUUUAAAUUGUUGUGUCUAUAUCAGAAGAUUUUAUUGAAACUUACUUGCUAACAAAACCAAUCUUCAUUACUGACUUUGUGAAUAUGAAAGUGAAGAAACUGCUGGGAGGA